AUGCGGAUGUGGGCGGUAUCAGGCAAUUGGGUCUUGCCUGUAUUUGACGAUGACGAUGACGAAGAAGAGUCUGCGACUAUGAGCACUAACACCACCCCCCAGGUCUUCCGCUGGACCGCCCUCGGCGCGGGUGUCAUCUACGGCGCCGCGCACAGCUUCUCAAUCACCUCUGCGCGAAAGGCCAAGCACGCGGCCGACGAGUGGGCGCACAAGGAGGCUCUGAUUGCGCAGGCCAAGGCCGAGUACGCAAAGCUGCACCCCAAGCCUGUCGCUGCUGCUGGCGCCACUCUCGAUCUGUCGGAUCCUAACUUUGACUACGCCAAGUUUCUGGAAUCUGCUCUUGCCGAGUAA